AUGGAUACAAGCAAAGGAAUGAAGAUAGAAAGUGAUGGCAAUUUACAAGUCUAUCUAAACUUGAACAAGACUAUGGAAGAGUUGAAAAAAUGUCCCCUCAUUGUUGAAGUAGAACAAAGAAAUCAAACCCUUUCUUUGCCAAGAGAAGCUAGCAUUCCAUCUGCUUUAGCAAGCAAUGCAACAAAUCACAGUUUGACUAUCACAGACCCUAAUACGAUUACUGCAAGCACUAGUAAGAUAAAGAGCGCCUCAACACAAGAAUCCCAAAAAAUUACAGAACACGGGCAAGAAGCUCAAGCACCUCUACAUGUAUUGCCAAAUAUGGAGAUUGAAGACAUAAGAGUCAAUUAUGUUUUCAAGAAUAAGAUUGAUCUAAAAUAUACACUUGCGAAAAUCGCCAUCAAGAAACACUUUCAAAAUUUUGAAAAUAGACAAGCAAGUGCAAAAGUCAUCAGUAGUUACUUCAAAGAGAAGUUUCGUGACCCAGGAUCAACCUAUCGACCAAGGCAAAUAAUACGAGACAUGAGAGAUGAACAUGGGGUAGGUGUAACGUACAAUAAAGCAUGGAGAGCAAAAGAACUUGCAGUUGAUGAUGUUAGAGGGUCAAAUGAGGAAAGUUAUGCAUUGUUACCUUCAUACUUGUAUAUGCUAAAGUUGGCCAACCCAAGAACUAUCACAAGAGUAUAUAAAGAUGAAGAAAACAGGUUUAAAUAUAUGUUUAUUGCUUUUGGUGCUUCAUUGGAUGGAUGGAAACACUGUAGACCAGUUAUAGUGGUAGAUGGAACAUUUUUAAAGAUGAAAUGUGGAUGUACACUAUAUGCAGCUUGUGUUAAAGAUGGAAACAAUCAAAUUUUUCCUCUCGCUUUUGGAAUUGGUGAUUCAUAA